GAAAAGUCCCCACAGACCUAUUUUCCACACCAAAAAAAAAAAUAAAAACAAUACAAAAACAAACAGCUUGUUGCCUUAGCUAGAAGACUUUCCUCAGAUUACCCAAAAAAAGAAACUUGAGUUUGGUUUCUUACAAGAAUCUAAUUGAAUCCCAAAGAGAUGGAACUGUCGGAGAAUAGUGUUGGUUUAGAUUCGGACGACUCAACGUUAGAGACGGCGGAGAGGAUAAUACUGCGAUGGGACUCAACAGCUUCAGAGGAAGCGAGAGGGAAAAUGAUAUUCCAAAGCGACCGGGACGAGGUAGAUCGGUUCUUGAGAGCCGUCGAUGAAAUCCAACGGUCCGUCUCUUCUCUCUCCUUCUCCUCUCCUCCUUCCUCAUCAGUCGAUGACCACCAAGAAGUCAAAGCCAACUCAGCUCUCCAAAUCGCCAUGGCUAGACUCGAGGAAGAGCUCCGCAGCAUCCUCCUCUCUCAAACCUCCGUCUUCGAGCCCGACUCUCUCUUCCUCGAGGAAUCAUCAUCCGUCUCCUUAACCGUCGAGACUGGAGAAGAAGACGGUGACGGUGACGAUGUUCCGGAUGAAGAAGAUGUUUCCGGUUCAGGUUCAGGUUCCGGUUCAAGCCGGUUAACUCGUAGUAGGAGAAGCAGCUACAGAUCCACGAGCAGCAUACGCGAGAUGGAUCUGAUAUCACCCGAAGCAGCUUCCGACUUGAGAUCCAUCGUUCAGAGAAUGGUCGCCGCGGGUUACUCCCGCGAGUGCGUCCAGGUGUACGGGAGCGUCCGCAAAUCCGUGGUGGAGACAAUCUUGAAGCAGCUCGGGAUCGUCAAGAUCAGCAUCGGAGACGUGCAGAGGCUCGAGUGGGAAGUGAUCGAAGGAAAAAUCAGGAAAUGGAUCCGCGCGGCCAAGGUCUGCGUCAGGAUCGUCUUCUCGAGCGAGAAGAGACUCUGCUCACAGCUCUUCGACGACGAGGCCAUGGAUGAGACUUGUUACAUGGAGACUGUGAAGACAUCUGCUCUAAGGUUAUUCACUUUUCCCGAAGCUAUAAGCAUCAGCAGAAGAUCUCCCGAGAAGCUAUUCAAGAUCCUCGACUUGCACGACGCGAUGGGCGAUAUGAUGCCCGACAUCGAAGCCAUCUUCGACUCUGAUUCCUCGCAGGCUGUUUAUCUACAAGCCUGCGAGAUUCAGACGAGGCUCGCGGAGGCGGGGAGAGGGAUACUCUCCGAGUUCGAAAACUCUGUCCUCCGCGAGCCUUCUGUAGUUCCCGUCCCUGGAGGAACGAUACAUCCUCUGACGAGGUAUGUGAUGAACUACAUCAGCUUGAUCUCUGAUUACAAGCAGACUCUCAACGACCUCAUCGUCUCGGAUCCCUCGACCGGAUCAUCCGAGACGAACAAACCGGUUAUGGAUUACACCGAGCUGGACGGUAAGUCUCCCUUGGCUCUCCAUCUGAUAUGGUUGAUCAUGGUGCUGCAUUUCAACUUGGAAGAGAAGUCGCAUCACUACAGAGACGCGUCCCUAGCUCACAUAUUCAUCAUGAACAACAUUCAUUACAUUGUUCAGAAGGUGAAAGGAUCACCCGAGCUGAGGGAGAUGAUCGGAGACCAUUAUUUGAGGAAACUCACGGGGAUAUUCAGACACGCGGCGACGAACUACCAGAGAUCCACGUGGGUCAGAGUGCUGAAUAGUUUGAGAGACGAAGGGUUGCACGUGAGUGGGAGUUUCUCCUCCGGUGUGUCGAGAAGCGCGUUGAGAGAGAGGUUUAAAUCGUUUAAUGCGAUGUUUGAAGAGGUUCAUAGGAGUCAGUCUACGUGGUCGGUUCCGGAUGCUCAGCUUAGAGAGGAGCUGAGGAUAUCUUUGUCCGAGCAUUUGAUCCCGGCGUAUAGAUCGUUUCUUGGAAGGUUCAGGGGUCAUAUAGAGAGUGGGAGACACCCUGAGAACUACUUGAAGUAUUCGGUUGAAGAUAUUGAGAGAAUCGUUCUUGAUUUCUUUGAAGGGUAUGCACACUCGCCGAGCGUGAGGAGACGAUGAGAAGAAGAAGAAGAAGAAGACUGGAGAGGUUACUUUCUCUCUUUUGUUUUUGUUUUGUUUUGGUUCCUCAGACACGUUAGGAUGUUGUAGGAUAGAAGAGCCAUUCUUUGAAUUUUUAUUCACGGGUUGGUGGUUUUACGCUCACCGUUUCCUAUUGUUGGCCCCCGAUGGAAUAAUCUCCCAGGUAUACCCAUACAUUUGUGUUGUUGUUGUUGUGUCAUAUGUAAUGCAUACUCUCUUCUUUUAAUCAAAUUGUGCUAUGUGCAA